AUGUUUUUGCAGAAUGAUGCAGCUGAAGUCAUUGUCUUGGAUCCUGAAGCAACGAUUGUUGAAUUAACAGCCUUACGUAUAGGAAUUAUGGAAGGGUUUGAGGAAUUACGAAAAGCAGAGGUUUUAAAUUUACGUCAAAACUUGAUAAAAAAGAUUGAAAAUAUUUCUCAUCUGACAUUAUUGCAAAAAUUAGACUUAUGUGACAAUCAAAUAGCGAAGAUCGAAAAUUUAGAAUCGCUAAUUAAUCUUGAGCGUCUCGAUUUCUCAUUUAAUCGUCUUACAAUGAUCGAAAAUUUAUCAACAUUAACGAAUUUGACAGAAUUGUAUUUAGUUCAUAACAGAAUAUCGAAAAUAGAUAAUAUACAAUUACUAACCAAACUCAGGAUCUUGGAACUUGGCGAUAAUCUCAUUUCAAAAAUUGAAAAUUUAGAUAUAUUAACAGAUCUUGAAGAACUUCAUUUUGGAAAAAAUAAAAUAAAGAAAAUUGAAAAUUUAUCAUCAUUAAAAAAAUUAAAAAUAUUGGGUUUAAGUGCGAAUAAAAUUCAAAAAAUAGAAGGUUUAGAACAACUAACAUUAUUAGAACAAUUAUUUUUGUCAGAAAAUCAAAUAACAACAAUUGAAAAUUUAGAAAAUAACAUAAAAUUAUCUUUGCUUGAUUUGGGUCAAAACAAAGUUGAACAUUUGGAUAAUCUGAUACAUCUUACGGAUCUGAAUGAAUUAUGGAUCAACGAUAAUAAACUGAAUUCAAUGGAUGAAUUAACAAAAAUAGAAUCAAUGUUACAAUUGAAAUGUAUAUAUUUAGAACAUAAUCCUGCAUUCAGGUUCGAAGAAAAUUAUCGUGCCAAAGUUCUUCUCAAAUUACCACAGUUAAGACAAUUGAAUGCAACCGAAACACGACAAUGUGUUCAUAACCAAUUAGAUACUGAAGGUCAAUCUCCCUAUAAUCGUCAUACAUAUCGUUAUACACCUCUAUUAUCGUAUCUUUUGUUACCAAACGUAUAUUUACAUGAACUAUUUGGAAAAGUUUUAUUUGCAUUCUGUGAUGUAUUUGUUGGAUAUUUAAUAUACAAAAUAUUGAAUACACGAUCUAAUCAGCAAGAACAAGUACGACAAGGGAAUUAUUCAUAUGCCUUAUAUUGGUUAUAUAAUCCUGUUUCGUCCGUUAUAUCUUGUCGAGGGAACUCGGAAUCAUUAAUUACAGUAUUUGUACUAUUAGCCGUUUUCUCACUGGUAUAUCAGAAACAAUAUCCUUUAACGUAUUCGUGGACACCAUGUUUGGCUGGUUCCUUUCUCGGAUUUUGCACACAUUUAAAAUUAUAUCCACUCAUCUAUUCAUUAUGUUUUUAUUUAAAUAUUGAUAAAAGACCAGUGAUUAUUGAUCAGAAUACAUCGAUUCUAUCAAGAAUUUGGCAUGAAUUUCGUCCAACUAAAAAACGUUUUCAAAUGAUUUUGGGUUUUCUAAUUACAUUACUCACAUUUACUGGAUUAUUUUACUAUUUAUAUGGUUGGGUAUUUAUCUAUGAUACUUAUUUAUAUCAUGUUGUUCGUCGAGAUAUUAGACAUAAUUUUUCACCCUAUUUCUAUGUUUACUAUUUAACGUCCAAUUCACCAUCAAACACUUUAUUAAGUAUUUUGUCGUUUUUACUACAGUUGAUUAAUACCGUUGUUUUAUCUGUUAAAUUACAUCAAAAUAUUGAAUUAUGUCUGUUUGUAUUAACAAUGUCUUUUGUCACAUUUAAUAAAGUUUGUACAUCACAGUAUUUUCUAUGGUAUCUUGUUUAUAUUCCAUUGUUGAUGCCAUCACUGCAAAUGAAGAAACGAUGGUUGGCUGGAUUAUUCAUUCUUUGGAUAUUACCACAAUGUCUAUGGUUAUAUUUUGCCUAUCAAUUAGAAUUUAAAGGGAUCAAUACGUUUAUAAAAAUAUGGUCAUCGUCUCUAUUAUUUUUUUCUAUUAACAUUUUGAUUAUGUGUAUAAUUAUUUGGAAAACAAAACGAUUUAAUGAAUUAAAUGUUGAUGUGAAUGAUGGAAAAAAACCGUUAUUUGAAAAGAAAAAUGAUUAA